AUUCCCCUGCAGCCAACAGGAAGGUGUUUGACGACACCAUCAUGCUCCACAACGCCAAAGAGUCUGACAGCGCCGUGUAUCAGUGCGAGGCCUCCAACAAACACGGCACCCUUCUGUCAAACGUAAACAUCAUGAUCAUGAAUCUGGCCCCCAUGGUUUUAACCAAGGAAGGGGAGGAAUACACCGCUGUGGAGGGGAAGGGAGCGAUGAUGCACUGCAAUGUCUUCAGCUCUCCCCCUCCUACGAUCACAUGGAGCAGGGACGACUCCUCUGAAUCCGUGCAGGGACAGAGGUUUAGCGUUCACGACAACGGGUCGCUGGAGAUCUACGGCACGGAGAAGGACGACAUGGGACAGUACCAGUGCUUUGCGAAAAACACAGAGGGGUCGUCCGCCCUCAACGCCAUGCUCUACGUGAGAG